CGCUAUGGUAUCGCCUUGCGUGACACAGCGGCAUUUGAAAUUGACCAAUAGGAAGCGAGGAUUGCGUUGUUAAUGGCAACGCGAGCUGUCACAAACAUGGCGGACGGUUAACUUGAAAUAUUAUUGUGUUUCGUAAGAGAAAAGAGGAAAAAAUGCUUUGAUCAAGCGUUAUCGCAAGACAACACAUAUGGAAACGAAAGUUGGACCACUGACGUUCUUUUCCAACUUUGAUUCGGGAAACUUAGCUCGUGUAGAAAGAGUAAAACGCGACGCAAUUUCGACAAGCGAUGUAAAUUAUAUACCAAGCAAUCUGACACAGCCUGCAAAUGCAGCUGUUUCACUGUCGACGCAAGAUCAAAAUAAUUCAUCAACCAGUCUUGGGAUGUUCUCGCUUUAUUCUCCAGAUUUAGAGUAUAACUUAUGGACUACACCGGAUUGUGCAGGCACCAUGUACGAAAACCUCAACAGGACGUGGUUUUACUUCGGAGUGAAGGGAUGUUUGUCUGGAAAACUUGUAAAAUUUACUAUGAUGAAUAUGAACAAGCAAGGAAAGCUGUACAAUCAAGGCAUGACACCACUCGUUAAAGUUGUCCCAGGUCGAAAUAAAUGGGCGCGGAUCAGAGAAAGGCCGUCUCAUGAGGUGGUAGACGGCCAGUUUCAGAUGUCCUUCCUAUUUCGUUUCCCUGAGCAGAAAAAUAUGGUGUGCUACUUUGCUUUUUGCUAUCCGUUUUCAUACGAGGAAACACAACAGUAUCUUCAAACGAUGGAUAAUAAAUUUAAACAUAAACCUACUGAUAGGAAAAACUCUAUAUACUAUCACAGAGAACUGAUUUGUGAAUCCAUCGACAAACUGAGAGUUGAUUUGAUAACAGUGUCUUCAUGCAAAGGAAUUGUCAACAACUUGGAGCCAAGGUUGGUUGGAUUGUUUCCAGAUUUGCAGACAAAACGAGCAAAUCAAUUUAAAGGGAAAAAGGUAUUUAUAUUAACAAGCCGUGUCCAUCCAGGAGAAACUCCUUCCAGUUAUGUGUUUAAAGGUUUUCUUGACUUCAUAAUGCGUUUGGAUGAUCCAAGGGCAGCUGCAUUGAGAGACAGAUUUGUUUUCAAGCUCAUUCCCCUGCUAAACCCAGAUGGCGUGAAGCGAGGUCACUACCGCACAGACCAGCAAGGGGUUAACCUGAACCGCGUGUACCUUGAUCCAAGCCCAGAACUUCACCCAACUAUUUUUGCAGCCAAGUCUCUGGUGGCAUAUCACAACAGCAAAGUUUCAAACAAUGAACAAAUAUUGAAGCUGGUUGAAUCAUUAGAUUGUGAAGUUCCAUGCACAUUGUUGAAUGAGAACACUUCAUCAGGUGCUGAAAUACAGUCUGCUGCAUGGUCCUCCUCCUUUGAAAGUACUCAAGGUGGCUUACAAAGAAAGCUGCCGAAUUCUAUGGAUGAGGGAGCCUUAGACAGCAUAACUGAGCAAGAGGAUCCUGCAAUCAUUGUGGAAGAAAUUGUGGAGAAAAAUGAUGAAAACGAACAUAAACAGAACAUGAACCAUGACAAACUGCAGAUGACACGCAACAGUUCACCUUCUUCUAGUAAUAUUGGAUCAACUUCUGCAAAUGAUCUCACGGAGGACAGCAAAGCUAAUGGAUAUACAAUGAAGAGAACAGAAAGCUCAGAAAGCAGUGAAUCCGCUUGUGACAACACUGAAAGCCCUAUCAGUGACUGCAGUUCGGAGAAAACGUCCGUCAACAACUCGCGUUCAAACGAAUCUUCAUCUUUGCUUGAGUCUUGUUUUGAGGGUCAUAACAACGAGACAUCUAAGCCAAAGCUUCCAAGCGGUUUACCCACCAAGAGAUGCGACUGCAGCGUUGAUGAAUUCAGAGAAAACCACCCAUCACAUUGCCAUGUAGUCUCCCCAAGUGAACUCGAAAAUAAUUCAGCCGUUUCAGGAUAUGCUCAAAUAAACGAAACACAAACGAAGAUCUCAGAAUUAAACAACGUAGUGAAUGAUCAAGUUAUUGUGCUACAAUCACAUGGAAGCUCCAAAGACUGUAGCGAUGAUUUGUCAAGCCAGAGUUCACAACUUUCAGGCAAAAGUGAUGCCUUAAAUACUACAGCUUCCAGUGCUAAUCUCGCACAGAAUUCCUCAGAACAAGGAACCUGUCAACCUGUCUCUAAACCCGACAAAACGAACUGCAGCUCGUCACCGAAUCACAAUGAAUCAAUCAACGCAACCACGGUGCCGUGCUCAGAGACACAAGACCAAAUUGGCCUUGAAAAUGAUGAAGACGGCAGUUCUGUUCACGCGAGUUGUGAAACGAAGUUGGCAUUUUACGUUGAUCUCCACGGUCAUGCGUCGAAACGAGGCUGCUUCAUGUAUGGAAAUUACUUCGAAGACGACGAACAAUACACACAAUGCAUGUUGUUCCCAAAACUGAUUUCGAUCAACUCCAGUCAUUUCGACUUCACCGCAUGUAAUUUCUCGGAAAAAAACAUGUACAGUCGUGAUAAACGUGAUGGGAUGUCCAAGGAAGGCAGUGGUCGUGUUGCUGUUUACAAGAUGACUGGUUUACCCCACUGUUACACAUUAGAAUGCAACUAUAACUGUGGCCGAAGUACAAACGCCGUCCCCCCCGCCACGUGCGACGGUGGACGUGCCACACCACCGCCACCCCCCGGCUUUCCACCACGAUACACGCCAGAGAUUUACGAAGAGGUCGGCCGUGCUGUCGCUAUUUCAGCCCUGGAUAUGAUGAAUGCUAACCCGUGGUCAAGACUACCGUUUUCAGAACACAGUUGCUUGGAUGGUUUGAAGAACUGGGUUGGUCGCUACAUAAAGAGCAAUAGAAACACGUCUUGCGUGAUAAAGAGGACUACAAGAGCACUUCCAAAGACAUCAAGUAUUACAAGCGCAAGUUGUCCACCGAUACAUCGCGUCACUGUAGCUACCAAAAUCGUUCGUACGAACCCUGAUCUGACAAGUCAAGCUGGCACAAGUGAAGCUACGAUAAUCGCCAAGAAUCAAGAUUGUGUGCAGAGUGUUACUGGUAAACAGUUGUCAUCACUGAGUCGCCACUCACCGGACAAGAAAAGGCUGAAUUCCUCCAUUACCACAGGAAGUCCAGUGAAAAGUGUCCAGAUGAAUCAGAUCAACCCAAAGAUGAAAGACCAAGGAAGAAAGCGUCUCGACUUGGCUAAAACGACACCGUUGCUAGUGCUUUCAAACGCCGAACCACGCCACUCAAAACCAGACCGAACUGAGAAAGCAGAUCAGCGCAUGUCGCUGACGAGCUUCGAAAAGGAGAGAUCAAAUGUUGCGACGAAAUUACGCGAGAAUGUUGCCGUUGCGCGACUGAGAGAUCAAGCUCACGAUCGUGCAAAUGGAAAUUAUGUUGGCAAGAAUUUUGAGCGAAGGAGAAACAAGCUACCAAACAUGUCGAUGACCGCGAGAAAUGCAGAUAAUAUCGAAUCAAAUAAUGACGUCUUGGGAUCUGAUUUACCAGAUAGAGACGGCAACAACAGAAUUUUACGAAGACCAAUAUUAUCACGAAGAAGAAAGUCAAAGAGGCUCGGUCAAAAAGAUCUAAGAAAGAUUACUGCUGAUGUAGUCGGUGUUUAAUAUCCGACACAAAUAUAGACAUCCAUAUUUGACUAAUCCAUCUCAUAUUAACAUGCGAUAAAGAUGUGUGUCUACGGCCGUUUCUGCGCGCAUCGUAGCAGCUUGCUUGCCAGCGUUCAGUAGCGAUCUAUACUUGAACAAUAUUAAUAUAUAUAAGCUGUAAAACUAUAUUUAUUUCUCAACAUUUUAAGAAGAGUGUAAAAC